CUAGUUUGUAUUGGUGCCUUUGGCGAUAACUUCGGAUGUAAAUCCUACCAUCGCAAUAUUGUACUCAAAUUCGUCGAUUGCAAAAUGGCACAACUAAACAACCAGGGAUCAUGGUGGUCGGAAGUGAUGAGCAGCAACAGAAACGAGCUUACGCUGGCCAUUUCAGCAAUAAUCUUUACUGUUUUGUGGUACAGAUGGAAAUUUUCAAGCUACUCCAAUGGUGGACCACCAUUGCCACCAGGUCCCCGUUCCUUGCCAAUUGUAGGCUACCUUCCAUUUCUUAGCCGUGAUCUGCACAAACAGUUCGUCAACAUGGCUAACACUUAUGGUCCCAUUUUCCAGUUCCACCUCGGAAGCAAACUUCAUGUCGUGAUAAACACCCCUGAGUUAGCAAAGGUAGUAGUUCGUGAGAAGGAUGAGAUCUUUGCUAACCGAAAUCCAACAAUUGCUGCCUUAGGCAGCUCUUAUGGAGGCCGAGAUAUUGUGUGGUCAGACAGCAAUUCAGAUUGGCGUAACCUUCGUAAGAUAUUUGUCCAGGAGGUCCUAAGCAACAAGAAUCUUGAAGCAUCCAGUUGUUUCCGAAGAGAUGAAGUUAGGAAAACUAUCAAGAAUGUUUAUAAUAAAAUCGGGACCUCAAUUAACAUUAGCGAGAUUGCUUUCUCCACAGAGGCCAAUGUUCUAACGAGCAUGGUUUGGGGAAACACUUCAGCUGAAAAAGCAAAAAGUAGCAAUUUUGGAGCAGAGUUGCAGAUGGUUUCGGCGAAUAUUGUUGUGCUCAUGGGACAGCUGAAUGUCUCUGAUGUCUUCCCUAGUCUUGCAUGGCUUGAUCUACAAGGCGUGGAGCGGAACAUGAAGAGGCAGCUUAAUCAUUUGGAUCAAAUUUUCACAAGCAUUAUUGACGAUCGAAUUGAAUCUAACUCUAAAAAAUCAAAGCACGCGGUUGGGAAUGAAGGAAAGAAAGAUGUUCUACAGGUUUUAUUGGAACUCAUGGAUCAAAAAGAUGUAAUAUCAAUUAACCGGACUCAAGUAAAAGCACUUCUCCAGGACAUUAUGGUAGCAGGAACAGAAACAUCGACAACACUGAUAGAGUGGGCAAUGGCAGAGAUAAUGCAAAAUAGUGACAUAUUGAAAAGGGUUCAAGAAGAAUUAGAAGAAAUUGUAGGACUUGACAACAUUGUCGAAGAAUCUCAUCUCCCCAAACUACAAUACCUAGAAGCAACUAUUAAGGAAACUUUUCGGUUGCACCCGGUAGUUCCAUUCAUACUCCCAAGGUCGCCAAGCCAGGAUUGUAUUGUCGGUGGAUACACCAUUCCAAAGGGCUGUACACUGUUUUUGAAUGCAUGGGCAAUCCAUCGGGAUCCUCGUUAUUGGGAGAAUCCACUGGAAUUCAAUCCAGAUAGGUUCUUGAGAAACAAAUACGAUUACAUAGGGAGCAAUUUAAACUUCUUCCCAUUUGGAUCGGGAAGAAGAUCGUGUCCAGGUGUUCCAUUGGCUGAGAAAAUGCAGAUGUAUAUCUUGGCCUCGCUCUUGCAUUCAUUCGACUGGAGCUUGCAAGAGGGUGAAGUGUAUGAUCUCUCUGAAAAAUUUGGAAUUACACUAAGGAAAAGAGAACCACUCAUCGUUGUCCCUUCACAAAGGUUGCCAAACCAGAGCCUCUAUAUGUGAUCGAUGUUGAUUAAACUGUAAGUUUGAAUUGCUCUAUUGGAUGGUUUGCUGGCGCAUUUCAUAUGUGGUUCCUUUAGAAAGAGCGUAUUAAUAUGUAUUAUUAUGUUUGUCGAAUGUGUAUGGAUUUCUAGUUUGAGAGAAAUGUGAGAGGCUUUGAAUGUUUUCA